GGGGGGGGCGGGGCAGUUUAGCGAAAAACAUGAUUUAGUAAGCCACUCUUUGAUAUAGGUGAUUGCUGACUUUUUUGCAACUUCUAUGUCAGACUUUGCAUAUGUGAAAAUGACAGCAUCAUCUGCAUAUAAUAUCAUAUUGAGUUCUUGCCCAACGUUUGGUAGGGUAUUAAUAUGUUAUGAAAAUAAAAUAGGUCUAAGUAUGGAACCUUGGGGUGCUCCAACCUGGCAGAUAGUUUGGGCUUCUUUUUCACUGCUUCCUUCAGUCCUUCUGUUUAUUGGUGCUUGUGGUCACUGGAAGGGAACAUAAUGUCAUUCUUUACAACGGAUCAAUAUCAUUUGUACAUCUUAGUCUCCUGCAAUUGACAUAGCUUAUUUUUGUAAAUGAUGUAAGACCGGAAAAUGUUACCAUCUAAUUUGUUUAGUUCCCCAAGAUGAAAAAGGUUUGUCUUUUGAACAGAUCCAUUUGUCUGGCUUUAAUGAGCUCAGUACUUUCUCUCUCAGGCUGUGGGGAUUGUUUGUUGGGUUCUUGCUUAUUAAUGCAGUGGCUUAAUGAGACAGCCGACUCUUCGUUUAGUUUGUCUUCUAGAUCCUCUGGCUAUUACAGUAACUGUCUCUCCUCCAACAAAUAAACAAGGGCACUAUAAUACCUCUUUGACACUUGAAAGGAAUGCUAUGUACUGUGAUAGUUGGACCAACAUAGUUUUUACCCUAAAUGAUUUAUUGUACUAUCGCGAUAUAAAAAUUCUUCUUCCUCAGUAACAUCUUUCGUGAUUUGUUCUGAAUAAAUGUUGAACAGGGACGGUGAAAUUAUGCAGCCUUGUCUCACUUCGCGUUUCGCAUGUCUCCCAACGAUGUUUUCACUGCUGACUGCUGACUGGCAUAGACACUACAGAUCCAGAUGACCAGAUGCAGAGGAAACCUAAUGUUGUUCACGAUGCUCCACAGGUUGUUGUGGUUGACACAGCCAAACACCUUGGAGUAAUCGAUAAAGCACAUGUAUGUGGGAAUGCUACACUCCCUACACUUCUCGAGUAACAGCCGGAUGUUGAUGAUUUGUUCUUUCGUACCUUUCCCUGCCACAAAGCCAGAUUUUUCCUUUGCUAUUUCUGCCUUGUAUCUGAUUUUCAGUCAUCCUACUAUGAUCUUGAGUAGGCUUUUGUUUGCGUGGACGAUAAGGUUUAUGGUCCGGUGGUUAGAGCACUCCCUCAGAUUUUUUUGGUAAUGGGAUGAAUAUUGCCCUUCACCAGUCCUGUGGCCACUUCUCGAGCUCCCAUAUGUGAGUGCACAACCUCCGGAGCAACUUGAUUCCGACUGGACUGGUAGCCUUCCACACCUUAAUUGGUAGCUUGUCAACUUGACCUCCUUUAGAACCCAUUUGAUCUCAGACUUGAGGGGCCUUGGUUCUGUCGUCACUUCAGUCCGGUGAAAUGUACUACACCUCUUCUACAUAAGCCACUGCAGUACUCCACUCUACCUCUCUUUCAUGUCCUUUUCUUCGGUCGUCCUUGUCGUUAAUGACGACGCUUCUUGGUGUCCACUUAUUUGUCAAUUCCUUUACCAGUCCGAAUCCCUCUUUUUGAGUUAUCCCUCUGACUUGCAUGUGCUGCAUGAAAUAUUGUUAACUCACAAGCUAAUCAAACACCACAAAACUCCAAAGUCAACCGCCCUAAUGUACAAUUUGAAAUUUGACCAGAGCAUCAACAUUUUAACUGUGCAUGUGUUUUGCACAGCUCUUUGGAACAUUUUUUGCAGUCUUGCAUGUAAGAUCUCGAGGUCGAGAUCUCAGUUCAACACAUCUGAGGAUUAACACUGCAUCCAUCCAUCCAUCUAAUGGCUUUACCAUCGAAUAUUGACACUCAGCUUGUUAUGACAGUUAAGAAUGUUGCCCGUACAGUUAUAUUGAAUUCCAUUUACAACAUUAUUUACAAAUGUAUUAUUAUUUUUUGUACGCAACCUACAUGAGUAAUGACAAACAGCCAGUGAGACUGAUGUAAAAAAAAUUAGGAUGCAUCCUUAUGCACGCGAGGUGUGGGGAGGUUUCACACGGUCAACCGCAUGUUUGUCUACGUCAAGUGUUUAUAGCACGUCACACAUAGAAGAAAUGGAGCGCUUGAUUUGCACACGCUAACCCACCUACAACACAGUGUGGGCAAUCUCGCUUCAUUUGAGUGUUUUUUUAAAUGACCGUUUAUCAAAACUAUUUUAUCGGUAUGAUGUUCUAAUUCUUCUUAUCGGUCCGACAAUUAUCGGUAUUUAUCGUGCAACCCCAAAAAAGAAAACACAAUAUAUGAUCAGUCAUGUCUUACACAUGAGUCUUAAGUGAUUCAAAAAGAAAUUAACAACAUGAUUUACAGCUGAGAAGAAUUUGCUCAAAUGUGGUAAAUAUAAACUCUACAUUGCACAAAAUGCUGCUGUUCCCACUUGCUUGGUUAAAGCUCAUGCACUGAAGAACAUCGAUGAUUAUGUUCAAAUAUCAAAUUAACUCAGCUGUUUUGCUUCCCUGCCUCCCCCCUUCUGCUCCAGGACAAUUUAGCCUGUGUCAUUUACAGUCCAACAAUUUUUACCUGUCAGCACUUUUUCACCUCACUUACAAACCACUGCAGCGUUUUGCUGUUAUUACAUGUGUUUACAGGCUGCUUAUAUAAUUAUUAAACACUUAUGUAAAUGCAUGUAUCAAUUAGCAAGUUUCUUUUUUAGUGUAACAUCUCCCUCCUUCCCUGGGUUUAUCUAUUUUCCAGAGACAUUUGUAGCAUCCCAGAGACAUUCAUAGCAUUUUCUCGUCCCCUCCAUGCAUGGUUUAAUGUAUGUGCUAAUGUCUGUAUGUUAUGAUGAGAACACACACACAUUGCAGGCAAAUCAUACGGUAAUAUACCAUUAUUGGCAUCCCAAAGAGAGAUGAUGGUCCCGCCGUGGACAAAAUACAGAAAUUUUGAAUUGUUGGGAUGGUGUUUUCUGUUCACUAUUUAGGUACACUUGAGUAAGGUUGUGAGCCCCUUGAAACUCAAUUGGUGGCACUGUUGGUUGUACAGUACCAAUGCCUCUUCAGUGGAAGGUGAAAAUAUGAAAGUGAUCUUUUUGUGGGGACUGCAGAGAGCUUCUCAGAGAGAACCCUAACCCUAAUGGAGGGGAGAGGGAAUGGAUGUUGUUUGACAUCUUGCCCUUGGUCUAGUCAAACAACUGUGACUUAAUAUUUAAUUUCUUAAUCUGACAUAAGAUCUUGAUGGGGUCCUUUUUACAUCCACAUGGUCUAACUUAACUUAAUACCAUGCCAUUUAGUUUUCCAGAAAUAGCUGACUUUAGCUGUCAGCAGCAGGGACAGUGAGGGAGCUGUGCAUUCUGGUCUCAGUUGAGUAGAUCAUUGUUGGGCGGCCUAGCCAGUCCUGUCUCCUCUCUGCUUCAACUCCCUCCCCCCUCUCUCCCUUUCCAAUCUGCACUGCAUUCAGAGAAGCGUGUGGAAGAGAAUGAAAAUGUGUGAAGCUUUGUGGAUGCAUGUGCUUGGCGUGUAUGUUUCUGGAAGCAACGCAGGAAAGGCAAUGGGAAUAACUGGAGGGAAUGUCUAUGUCCCUUCCUCUCAUCAUUGUGUUGGCAGUGUGUGUGUAUCUGUGAGUAUGCAUGUGUGUGCACGUACGCUGCAAUGCUGAUUGGAAAAAGUGGCUGCCUCAGCCCCUCCUCCACAUUACGAUGAGUCUCAGGGAGCGCGGAGUGGAAUCAGGGCCGCACUAAGUGGGAUGAAGGGCCGGAGAUGCUGGGAGCCGAGAACCGUCCACUCCCUCUGCACCUCGGGCUGCCUGAGUAAACUCAGCCAUGAUGAAUCGGAAGACGAGGAGCCGGCAUCCAAGUCAGACCGCAGUGAGAUUCAGGGAACUUUAAAGAUUCUUGUGAGCAAGCUUGAUGACCUCAGCACAUGUAACGACCUGAUCGCCAAGCAUGGGGCAGCCUUGCAACGUUCCCUCAGCGAACUUGAGGGGCUAAAAGUCCCUGUGGAGGGAGGGGAGAAGAUCAAGGCAGUCAACGAGCGAGCCACCCUCUUUCGCAUCACUUCCAAUGCUAUGAUCAAUGCUUGUAGAGACUUCCUGGAGCUAGCCGAAACUCAUAGUAGGAGGUGGCAGCGGGCGCUGCAGUAUGAGCGAGAGCAGCGCACCCACCUGGAGGAGACCAUCGAGCAGCUAGCCAAGCAGCACAACAGUCUGGAGCGAGCGUGGAGAGAGGCACCUACGCUUGCGUCCAGCACACCCAGUGCCCCUACCAACAAAAAGGGGAGUGAGAGGCCGCUCAAAGAGGAUGCGAGUGAUGAAGAUGAGGAUACUGAGUACUUUGACGCCAUGGAGGAUUCCCCUGCAUUUAUCACCGUGACUGCCACCGACAACACACAGCACAGGCGAUCUCAAAGCAGUUUAAGUGGAGCAAGCGGAGGUAAUUCCUACGACUGGAACCAGGAUGACCAUAUAUCUCCAAGCUGUAACGAUGUUUCAGGGAAGGAGCUGCAGCCACGCAGACAGCGGCGGACACGUGUCCCUGACAAGCCUAAUUACUCCCUCAAUUUGUGGAGUAUCAUGAAGAACUGUAUUGGCAAGGAGCUUUCCAAAAUCCCAAUGCCUGUGAACUUCAAUGAGCCUCUGUCGAUGCUGCAGCGUCUCACAGAAGACUUGGAGUAUCAUGAGCUUCUGGAUAAGGCAGCACGCUGUGACUCCUCGCUGGAGCAGAUGUGUCUGGUUGCUGCCUUUUCCGUCUCUUCCUACUCCACUACUGUCCACCGGACAGCCAAACCCUUCAACCCCCUCCUGGGCGAGACCUACGAGCUUGAUCGCCUCGAGGAGUUUGGCUACCGCUCACUGUGUGAGCAGGUGAGUCAUCACCCCCCUGCAGCAGCACAUCAUGUGAUUUCCCAGCGAGGCUGGACCUUGUGGCAGGAAAUUACGAUUGCCAGCAAGUUUCGUGGCAAAUACCUCUCCAUAAUGCCACUGGGUUACAUUCAUCUGCAGUUCCACUCUAGUGGCAACCACUAUGUGUGGAGAAAAGUCACAUCCACAGUGCACAACAUCAUUGUGGGCAAGCUGUGGAUUGACCAGUCAGGGGACAUUGAGAUUGUGAAUCACAAGACCAAAGAGACCUGCCAACUCAAAUUCUCUCCCUACAGUUAUUUCUCCAGGGAUGUUCCUCGGAAGGUGACAGGUGUGGUGGCUGAUAGUGGUGGCCAGGCUCACUACAUUCUGUCUGGUACGUGGGAUGAGAAAAUUGAGAGUGCCAAGAUCAUUCAGAGCAGCCGAGGCGGCAGUGGAUCAGAGGGCAAGCAGAAGACCAUCUAUCAGACUUUGUCCCCCAAACUUCUAUGGAAGAAAUAUCCUCUCCCAGAGAAUGCUGAGAACAUGUACUACUUCUCAGCGCUGGCACUGACCCUGAACGAGCCGGAUGAUGGAGUGGGUCUGACCGACAGCCGUCUGAGACCAGACCAGAGGCUGAUGGAAGAGGGACGGUGGGAUGAAGCAAAUUCUGAAAAGCAAAGAUUGGAAGAGAAACAAAGAGCUGUGAGAAGAAAGAGAGAAGCGGAGGCCUCAGACGCUUUGGAUGAAGGUCGAGAAUAUGAAGGAUACCAUCCACUGUGGUUUCACCAGAGGAGGGACUCCAUCACUGGAGAGACAAACUUUAUAUAUAAAGGGGGUUACUGGGAGGCCAAGGAGAAACAGGACUGGACCAUUUGUCCUGAUAUAUAUUAACACCGGACGCUUCCCUGCAUCAAGACCUCAGGAUAUGGGGAGCUGCUCUACACGUGCUCCUUCAACAGUGAGGUGUAGCACUCUCUGUUGAGCUUUGUAAUCAUGAGAUGGUGAAUGUGACACACGCUCUUGUCAUACCGUGUACCUCCAAAUAUACACACUCACUGCUUUAACAGAUGGAAAAUAUGAUGGGAUGGUCCCAGGCCCAGUGUGUGUGGAUGUGUGAUGCCCUUGGAGGUGCAACACCACACUAUGAAGGCACCAGAUGAGGUGCUUUGUCAAUGCACUUUCCUAUUUUGCGCUAAGCAUCGAGUUUUAACCAUUCGACCAUACUGAAGCAAGCUGCAUAAAAAGAAAACCAUGCUGAAUACACGUUAGUCUUCAAGUGAGUCCUCAGGUUGUUGUGGGCCUCUUUUUAUAAACCUUAAAUUUCUCUGCAGGAAUGAUUUAAGUUGUACUUAAUGCACGUUUACUUGCAUUAAAAAAUAUGGUUGAUUGUAGUUUUUUGUCUUUUAGUCAACAGUACAGAAACGGUUUCAUAUUCAGAUUUAGAAAUGGAGGUAGAUUUCUAAAGCCCCAUAUAAAGAAGCUAUCUCAUUAAAUAUGUUUCAUUUAAUUACUUUCAAUUAGUAGUUCAAUUCAACAUACUACCAUUCAUCAACAGGGCAGUUGUGACAAGUUGAAAGCUAACUAUAACAUACCGGUACUUCUUAUGAUAAGUGAUUAGGGAAAAAUUAGGGAUGCACAAAAAAAAAAUUUCAAGCCGAUACCGCUAACUUCCUGCAUCUCAAGACCGAUACCGAUAACUGAUAACGUUUUAUAGGUAUUAUUUUUAAAUUUUUUAUUUAACUGUUUGUGCACACCUGGAGGUAGAACAACUCGAACAAAGUUGGAUUUGACAAACUGUACCUGUAGAUUUAUCCUAACAAAGAAUCCUAACAUCACUCUGAGUAACAAAACAAAAACAGAGGCAGCUCAGAAGUACAAACGUGGCUCCAAAGGAUUUACUAGGCGCGAAAAGCCGGUAUCAUUCAACGGUGGUAAAGUGAUGGUGAUCCAGCGUCGUCAUUUCCAUGAUGAAAUCACAGAUUGCUUUAGCUCUAAGAUCAUUUCUGGCGAACCUUUCUGCACUUUUGAAACGCUGCAGCGAUAGGAAGAAGCCCCGCGCAUCAUCAGGUGUCUCAUACAUUUUGUGAUAGGUAUAUAUUAUUUAACUGUGCAUACUGUAAUGUGUUUCAACUAAGCUUGCAAACUGUAGUGCAGGACAUCAUUUGAUUUAAUUUCCUGCACAGGCUUGUAUUCUCUUGUUAUUAGACUGUUUUCUCAUUCGAGACUUCUUAACACUCCUUUGAGCCUGCUCGCAAGCAUUUGAUUUGAUGAAAAUAAGACACACUAACCCGCCUUCCAACCUUCAUUGGCAUUGAUGUUCAUAUUUCUGGCAAAUAAGUCAAGUUUGAAUGGAAUAUAGUGCUCUUGGUUAGAAUUUCCUAUGAAAUACAUUUGAGAACACGUCAGUCUACAUAAUUUUCCCUAUCAAUUGCAUUUCAGCUUCAGGUCAUUUCAGGUAUCUGCAGUCCCAAAUUGUACAUUCAGUAUUCUUUUAAGUGCUUCCAUAUCAGUCAGCGAGAAAGAUCUACAUUAGUACUUUCAUGUGCGUGGCGUUAGGUUAGUACUGUAUGUAUCUUUGUGUCCUUGUUGCUGAGAAACUUUUGACUGUACCCGGUACUCUCUCUUGUCCUUUGGCUCGGUGCCUCACAUCGUGUAUCCUAGCUGACAAUGUUUAGUACUACACAUAAUAGAGCCACUUUUCUCCUCCGCCUCUCUGUGUCUAGUUAAUAGUUCAGGUUGUUUCAGUGGCACUGUGUGGGGCUGGAGUUAAAGGUGGUAGAAAAGGACAGGGCUGGUUCCUGUAGCGCACCACUGUGCGGUCAGCUGUAGCCACAGAGGCCUUCGCUCCAGGCUCACCACAGGUUUUGAAGUUACCCUCAGUUUUUUGCCUUUAAUUGGCUGGCCUGUACAGUGACAAGCUUUGAAAAGACAGCCUACAGUAUUUUUUUUUCUAAUCUUUGGUAGGAAUGUAGAUUUUCAGGCUAGAGGUACUGUACGUCCCGUCUGGUCUAUUUGUGUGAAUGUUUUGUGGUAAGAGAAUUAUAGUGUAAAAUAGGAGAAUUAAGUCUGUACAGUACAGCGUAGGCAUAAAUGAACUUGAAAGGCACCCUAAUUUGGCUACGCGCUUCAUGUUUUAUAGUUCCAAAUUGUUUUAAAACAGAAAA